AUGUCUGACCCCACCAAAGCAGAGACCGAGCAAGUGUUCAAGGUCCUGAAAGCGCAGAAGGCCAACAAGAUGUGCUUCGAUUGCCAAGCUCGCAAUCCGACAUGGUCGAGCGUGACCUUUGGAGUGUACAUCUGCUUGGACUGCUCAAGUGUCCAUAGGAACAUGGGCGUUCACAUCUCGUUUGUUCGGUCUACCAACCUCGACAGCUGGCAGCUCAACCAGUUGCGCACGAUGAAAGUCGGAGGAAACGCCUCCGCGUCCGAGUUCUUCAACAAGCACGGCGGCUCUGCGCUUCUCCAAGAUUCGGACACCAAGAAGAAGUACUCGAGCCGGGUCGGAGAGCUGUACAAGGAGGAGCUUGCGCGGCGAGUGAAGGAGGACACCGCAAGAUUCCCCGCAAAGAUCACCGUGGAUGGCCUCGAUGCAGUCGCUGUCCCCGCCGCGGCCCAGGGUGGUGACGACGACUUCUUCUCGUCCUGGGAUAAGCCCGCCGCGCCAAAAACGUCGUCCGCCGCCGCAAAGCCCGCCCCGCCCCCCGUCAUCGGCCGCGCUGGGAGCGCCCCCGCCGCCCCGCGCACGGUCAGCUCCGCGUCUCUGCGCGCCAACUCGACGACGUCCGCCGGCGCGCGCUCGACGUCCACGCUCGGUGCGUCCCGCCUGAGCUCGUCCGCGUCGUCGAUCGGGAGCACGAGCGCCGCAGCGGCCGCGCCGAAGAAGGCCGGAGGGAAGCUCGGUGGACUCGGGGCGAAGAAGGCCGCCCCGGUGAACUUUGCAGAGGCGGAGAAGAAGGCGGCGGAGGAGGCAGAGCGGAUCCGCCAGCUGGGGUACGAUCGCGAGCGCGAGAAGGCGGAGGAGGAGGCGAAGGUCAAGUCGGCCGCGGAGCAGGCGGCGGCGGCGAAGGCCAAGUCACCUAUCGCGAAGUCGACCCCCGUCGCGGCGCCCACCGCGGCGCCAAAGGGCAAUGCGCAGGAUAUGGAGCGGCUCGGGAUGGGCAUGAAGCGGCUCGGGUUUGGUGCGGUGCCCGUCGCGGCAGCGGCCACGAGCGCCGCCGCAUCGGAAGACGCGCCGACGUUUGCGCGCGACAAGUUUGGAAGCCAGAAGGCGAUCUCCUCCGACAUGUACUUUGGCCGCAACUCGUACGACCCCAGUGCCGUCGCCGAGGCGCAGACACGGCUGCAGUCGUUCCAGGGCGCGCAGUCGAUCUCGUCGAACCAGUACUUUGGCCGGGAGGAAGAAGAUGAGGGCAUGGGCGGCGGCGGUGGCGGCGGCUCGGGUGAAGGCAUGCUUGGUGACGGCACACUCAACGGGUUAGAGAUGGCCGCACGGGACGCGAUCUCCAAGGUCCUCGCCAACCCAGACGUCCAAAACGUCGGCGACAGUAUUCGGCAAGGGGCUCUCAAGCUGUCCGACUACCUUGCGCAAAUGUCAGAGGGCCGGUGA